UGAUCCAAGUAGUGGAGGUGGAUCUGACGAAGAGUACAAAUGGCGUAGCCAACGUCAAUCCAGACGUUCGGUUUUUUAGGUUAGGAUCAAGAUCUAUUUUAGUAUAUUUUUUUUCUCUCACAAUACCUUCAACCGAACACACUGCAAACAGGACCAACAACAGGGGUCGUAUAAAUCUUACAAUAAUUAUGUAAAAGCGAUCCACAAAGAUGUCGCAGAUAAUGUUGAUAAUCUCGGCGGCCCACCUGAUUUUCUGCCCUUUCACCAAAGUCGAGGAGAGCUUCAACCUGCAAGCCGUUCACGACAUCCUCUACCAUAGGUUCAAUCUCACCAACUAUGAUCAUCAUGAAUUUCCUGGUGUUGUACCACGGACGUUUAUCGGACCACUAUUCGUUUCGGCAAUCGUGUCACCUGUGGUUGCAAUCCUGCAACAUUUCGAUUUCAGCAAAUUCUGGACUCAAUAUUUAGUUCGGGCAGCUUUGGGUGGAUGCGUAAUAGGGUCUUUCACUGUUCUAUCAAAGAAUCUGGAAAAAAUAUUUGGGAGCCAAUGGUUACAAUGGUUUAUAGCCAUAACUGUAACCCAAAGUCACUUCAUGUUCUACCUUAGUAGGCCGCUUCCUAAUAUCUUUGCGUUACCAUUAGUUCUGCUCGCACUCAACGGUUGGAUAACAAAUCAUAACAAGAAGUUCAUUUUGUUCUCAGCUGCAGCAAUUAUCAUUUUCAGAGCUGAGUUAGCACUCUAUGUAGGCUUGCUACUUCUGUAUGAUCUUUAUUACAAGAGAAUCACUUUCAAAAGGCUCUUUCAAAUCGCCAUACCAGGAGGUCUCUGUUUUUUAAUCUUAUCCGUUGUAAUUGACUCUAUUUUCUGGAAUAGACCGCUAUGGCCUGAAGGAGAAGUUCUGUGGUUUAAUACGAUCUUGAAUAAAAGUUCUGAGUAUGGAACCUCUCCAUUCCUCUGGUACUUUUAUUCAGCGAUUCCCAGAGGCAUGGCCACAUCUAUUCUAUUUGUUCCCAUUGGUUUGAUUCUGGAUGAAAGAACUCGAAAACUGUUCGUCCCAUCCGUAUUAUUCGUUUUGAUUUUUUCCAUCUUACCACACAAAGAACUUAGAUUCAUCAUCUAUGUAUUUCCGUUUCUAAAUGUAGCAGCUGCAGCUGCUUGCAACAGAAUAUGGAUAAACAAAGAGAAGAGUAGGAUAUAUCAUCUGCUUUCGUUAGGUGUGAUUGCUCAUUUAAUAGUGAAUUCGAUUUUCACUCUUUUCUUGUUAACAAUUUCGAGUACCAAUUACCCCGGAGGUGCAGCAAUAUCACACUUACACCGAAUUGCGGCCAAUGAAACUGAUGUUAGUGUACAUAUAGAUAAUUUGGCAGCACAAACUGGGGUCUCGCGGUUCACCCAAAUCAACAAGAAUUGGACGUACGAUAAGGCCGAGCAUUUACUACCUGGAUCACCAGAGAUGUUCAAUUACACUCAUCUAAUAGCCGAAGGGAAGAGCCGCUUCUCGCCCAACCUAAAGCCAUAUGUGACAACCCACGAAAUCAUAGAUACAGUUGACGCUUUCCAUCAGAUCACCUUCAACUAUUUUACAAUACCACCGGUACGAAUCAAAACGAAACCUGCCCUCUUCAUAUUACGAAGGAAAGACAACUACAAAGAUUUUUUGCAUGAAGAACCCUUCGAUAAGAAAGUCGAGAUGUUCGAGAGUUUGGAAGGAUUGGACGAGAGUGUUGAAUCGAAAAAACUUGAUUUUGAGAAAGACGACGGAAUGUCCAUAAGCCAAGAGACUAAGGGCGACAAGAUGAGUAUGGAAACUGAAGAAAUUGAUGGGUUAGAAAUAGAAGAGCCAUUUACGAACGUGGAUUCAGAAAUUGACGAAACAGAUGAACAAACGUUAGAAAAAUACUUUUUUGAAACUGAAGAGCGAAUUGAUUUGAUUACGGAAAGCGAAGAGCAAACAGCUAUGGAAAGUUUAGAAUCGCAGAUUCUGAUAACGGUAAAACCUGUUAAAGAAAAAGAUAGCAAACAAUUAAGGGGGAAGGGGACUAAAUCAAAAAAGAAAAUUGAAAUCCAAUCUCAGGAGGAAAAAACUUUAAAAUCUGCUAAUGCUAAGGAAGAUGUGGAUAAUAUUAAAACCAGUUCUGAAGCAAACAUGAUAUUAAAACCAAAGAAGAAAAAUGACAUUGAACCUAAUAAAGGAAAAGUUAUGAAAGUAACAAAGAAAGAUGAUACAGUGAUUGAAGAAAUUAAAACUGCAAAACUCAAGAAAAAAAAUGUUAUUGAAUCUGAAAAAGUUAUUGAAAAAUCUGAGCAACAUUCAAUUGAGAAUGUGGGGGAAAAGAGUAAAAAAAAGAAGAAAAUGCGAAACGAAAUGCAAGGCCAAAACAAGUCAAAAUCAAAGUAUGACAUAAAGAAGGAGGGGAAUUUAAAGUGGACUGAAAUACAAAGUGCAGAAGAGAAAUCAUUAAAACAGAGAUCCAAGGAAGUUGCUUCAUCUAGGAAAAAAUCUAAAGAAAUUGAUUUUGAAAUAACAUCGACAAUAUCUUCAGAGAACAUUGUUUCUAAAAAGAAUGAGUUUGAAAACGUGGGAGCUAAAGAAACUGUAAAACAUGUAGUCCGUGAACAGAAAACGAAACCAAAUGUAAAAGAGAAGCUGAGAAAUGUAUUGGAUAAGUUUAGAAAGAAGCGAAAGGAAGUUACAAAGAAAACAGGCACAAAAGAAUCGAUCAAGAAGAUUAUUCAGGAAGAAAGGGAGCGCGAGGAGAAAGAGGAAUUAAUGAAGCUGCAGCAGCAGAUCUUUGCGAUCAUCGAUGCCAAUCCGAGUAUUCUUAAUAAGGAAGCGAUUAAGAGUAAAAUUCACGACGUCAUUGUCAAGGAAGUGGAGAUCGAGACGCCGGAAGUACUGUCAGACGAGGUGAUGGUCACAUCCGAUACGGACGAGUUCAUGGAAGCGGACGAGCAGAUCGAGAACAUCAUGAACAUAAUCCACGAAAUCAUCGAGAACGUCGAAGAGAGCGAUGGCAGAAGCAUUUGAUAUGUAACAAAGAAGUGACAUAAUUAUAAAAUAAGUAGCUUAAAA